UCAUUCAUUGAUUAUUCAGAUUAAUAGUAUUCAAAAAAGUAGCAGAUUGCUUCAAAAUUCGUAGCAAAUUCAAAUCAUAUAAUUCUCAUCCAACCAGCUAAUUUGAAAUACGUAACAGACAGACAAUUAUCAGCCAAAAGAGAAAGUAAUCCACGAUCCACGUCCAAUGCAAUCCAAACUGAUAUGAUCCAACAGUUCGAUCGAUCAUGAUGAAUGCAGCCGUCUGUGUUGUGGUCACAGUGCCAACUGCCGAGGAGGAGCAUCGUGUCUAUAACAAAUGCUGUCGCUGUGGCUGCUGCGGCUCCACUUACACUCGCAGUGAGUUCUGGAAAACGUACAGCAGAGACUUUUACAACAACGACAUCAAUAGUGAUGAUCAUCUUGGCUCUUUGGAGCUUUGUGAUCGCUGCUGGCGUCUAGCCCAAACUGCUAGAAGCGAAAUUGAGCAACAACAUCCGCCCAACAACGUGAGUGCCAAGUCACGUGCACUGCAACUAAACGAACUCAAAGAGGAUACUCCCGUGGAGGUUCUGCUGCAUUGCAUUGCCGAGCAGUUAAGGCUGAAGGAUGUCUUCUGGUCCCAGGAUGUAGCAGGCAAACAAUUGCAAGUGCGUUUCGAGCUACUGCAAGAUGAGCGCUACGAACGACUCCUUUGCACCCUACAAGAUUGGGGAGUAGGCGAAAGACCGGGCACGCAUGUCUCUGCCAUCCAUUGCCUGGACACCAGGGCUAGCCACACUUCCAGCCAAAAGAUGAGCGGUGGCCAACAGGGUGCGUUUCGCCAGGCGAAACUUCAAGGCCAAAUGACUGGAGAUAGAGGAGAUCUACAGUAUCGAGAGGAGGAGGAGGAAGUCGAGUGUCAACAUGGCCAGGGAUGGCAAAGUUUUAUGGAUUCAGUGCGUUGCCGGUUGAAUGUGAAUCAGGUGGUGCGUCAGGUGAGAAGGGAUGCCACCUUGACUUUCGAUUUUGUCGUCCUGCUAACGGCUGCUGCUCUCCUCUCCUGUGUGGGUCUGGUGGAGAAUAGCUUUCUGUUUCUCUCGAGCAGUAUGUUGAUUUCCCCCCUAAUGGGCCCCAUUAUUGCUGGCAUCUUUGGCUCAGUGAUUGGAGAUCGGGACCUGCGCUGGCUGGGCAUUAAGAACGAGCUAAUUGGCAUUGCCAUUUCCGUGGUGAUAGGCUUUAUGUUUGGCGGAAUUGUUUGCGGCUUUGGGCACUUCUUUGCCAUUUCGGCUGGACUCACCGAGGAGAUUGUCUCCCGCUGUGAUACGCAUUCCCUGGCGAUUGGCAUCUGCACGGCUCUGGCCUCGGGAGCAGCUGGGGCCAUUGCUGUUCUCGGUGGCAAUACUGGUUCGCUGGUGGGUGUGGCCAUAUCCGCCUCUCUUCUGCCGCCGGCCGUGAAUGCUGGCCUUUUGUGGGCUCUCGCCUUGGGCACCCAGCUAUUGCACUCGGAUCACGAGAUACUCCGUAGUCUGGCCCAUCAUAAGGAGUACUCGAAGCAUCUGCAUAUCGAGCUAUUUGUGUGUGCCGCUGUUAGCAUGGGCCUGACCCUCUUGAAUGUCGUCUGUGUGUGGCUUAUGGGGGUGGUGGUGCUGCGGAUUAAAGAGGUGGCGCCGGCGGUGCAGCGCAAUCAGCAAUUCUGGCGACAUGACAUACGUCUGGCUCGAGAAGUUGCCCUCCAUGAUCCGGCCUUGCAGGUGGCCAUCGAUCGCCUGCAGGAUGAGCAAAUUAGCCAACAUAGCCAAAUGGAUGUGGAGGCGCCACGCUAUCAGAACACUUGGUCCCCGGGCAUGCACGACUCAUCCUUGGAUCAUCUGGACAGCCAAGAGGCUGCAAGGGGAGCCAGCAAAGUAGAUCCUAAUGCCAAUUAUCAUACAGUUCAUGGAUUCCAAGAAUUCUGCAUCACAUUGCACCGAAUGAACAAGGAGGGCUGUGCUAAGAAGGUCCCUGCAUCGACGCAUCCGAAUGUACGGCAUAUCUUUGGUUCUAUGGACGGGCUCAGUUCACGCCAACAUCCGAUGCCCAUCUCAGGCGGCGCCACCGAUGCGGAUGCAAGCUCCUCACACAGUACAACGACAACGACCCCAACGGGGGACAGUGAUUUUAGCAACUAUCUCAGUCUGACGGAUAUCACUUCUCUGCGUAAACUUUGGCUCACUGCGUCGCAGACGCAUCUUAUCGAUAAACCAUUGCCCCGACAGGAUGAAUCGCAUGUCGAAGUUGAUACCAAAUGCCAUUGCCAGGGCGUGGUAGGCGAAAAGCCCAUUGGUGUAGUGAGAAAAUUCGAUCAGCAUCCACAAAUGAGGCAACUGUCCGUAUCCUUGACCACGCUCAAUCAGCAGAGUCCAACCGAAAUUUCGGAAUUUGUGAAACGAUGUCCCGGCCAGGUACUAUUGCCUCUUCCCUCGGCUGACCAUCUAACCACUGCAACUACUGCACCCAAUCGACGCCUCCGAGUGGUGCCCCAUAAGAACACCGAGCAGGAGCAGACCAUACCGAAGCGCAAUGAACGGGAGGAGGAGCUAGACGAAUUCAAUGUGUAGGAGCAAAGAGCAUGGCAAACAGUGGGCUUCGUCUUUGAUUACUUGGCGAUCCAACAGUAGCCAUUAGCGGGCAUCAGGCAGAAGUCAGCAGUUAGCAGUUAGCAGACAGCAGACAGCAAACCAGCGAUGUUCCGUCCAUCUUGUUUGCCAAGCACUUCUAAAAUGGCUGCCAGUUGCCGCCGCGAACUCUCCAAGGCAUGAGCACAAAAAAAAUGAAAUACAAUCGUUUGCUAUCUCUUUUUCCCCCUCCCCAAUUUGUCUGCCUGGCAGUAGUUUGUGUCUGUCGGUAAUUCGCUUAAAUUCAAGGAGAAUGUCAAAUAAAUGAAGAUCGAGUCGGCUUUUAUUUAAUUGCAAACUCAGCUUCUUUAUUUGACCAAGUGGAAAAGAAAAACAUUUAGCCAAGACAUUUUACGUAUAAAAAGGAAUAUUUCAACUGUGCGGCAAAUGUUCAUACAUAUAUCAAGCGGAUCGAGAUUAAUUCAUAACUAUUUGUUUUUUUUUUAAAGAUACACUUGCUAAAAUUUCGAGUUUACUGUCUACUGGCUACUUUUAUAUACAUACAUAGUAAAGAAUGAUUUUCAAUACAAUCUCCUUUUUAAUAAAGAAAAAACUAUUGUAUGUAUAACAGAAAUGAAAUACUUUAAAUUCAUUCUGAAAAGAAAGGAAAUAGUCAUAUUUGAAUCAGUUCUUCAAGACAUGUUGCUACUAACUUGAAUCUGCCCUGUUAGAUUUUCGGAAACCAUUAAUGCACCCUGUAUAUGUGUAAAAUCAUUAAAGUUACUAUUUUAUGCCUA